UUGGAGCAACAUGGAGGGGAAGGAACGAUGAGGAGGAACAUUUUGCCUUUGGGCGGGUCUCCAGGAAACCUCCCUGGCUAUUGCUGCUCUCUCACCUCCAUUCCACAAAUCCUCGGGGAUUUUAAGUGGCUGGCUGGCUGGCUUGCAGUUCCCAAAAUGGAGUUGGACCUAGAGGUACACCCCCUAUGCCGGGACAGUCUUUCAGAUCAGCUUCUAGAGUUUUCUAGAAAAGAAGCACGUUCUGUACCAAAAGGGAAAGAACCUUGGAAUUCAGAACAGCAGGCUCCAGGGAGCAAAUCUCCCCAGGCAGAAGAUCACAGGGAAGAGGCAGCAGUAGCACAGCCUGAAGUUCACAGGAAAGAGGCAGCAGUAGCCCAGCCUGAAGAAGUUCACAGGAAAGAGGCAGCAGUAGCCCAGCCUGAAGAAGUUCACAGGAGAGAGGCAGCAGUAGCCCAGCCUGAAGAAGUUCACAGGAAAGAGGCAGCAGUAGCCCAGCCAGAAGAUCACAGGAAAGAGGCAGAAGUAGCUCAGCCAGAAGAAGUUCACAAGAAAGAGGCAACAGUAGCCCAGCCAGAAGAAGGUCACAGGAAAGAGGCAGAAGUAGCCCAGCCAGAAGAAGAUCACAGUAAAGAGGCAGUAAUAGAAGAAAACAAGGAUCAAGACCCAAAAGGGAUAGAGGACUUGCAGUUAGAGAGGCAGGGGAUUUCCCAUAUGGGAGAACCAAUUGGUCCCUCCUCAGAGGCAGACAGCCAGCCUCCAGUCUCCGUUGAGCCUGAACCGGCUAGGUCUGCCCUGCUGCCUUCCCCUCCUGCCCAAGGUGAAGAAGCCACGGCCCAGGGCCCAGAAGCGACACAAGAUCCGCCCUCUCCCACCCCGGGCCCUGAGGAUGUGUUGCCGAAUUCAGAUUCCAAAGAGGAGAUCGAGAGGAAGAAAUAUGUACUAAUGGAAGGUAACAUAGCCGAGGGGCGGAUUUGGGAGGAGGAGAAGGAGAAGAAAAAGAAGAAGAAAACGGAAGAGAAACCUGUUUCCAAGUUGAGGUCCCGGUCUUGUUCCAGCAAGCCUCGGACUUUGAAGAAAAAAGCUUUCCCUAGAACUAGUAGAAGUCAAGUUCUAUCGAACCUCUACUUAACCCUCUACAACGAAGUGCAGAAUGAAAAGGAGAUGGGCUCGGCAAACUUGGAAGGAAUACAGAAAGCCUCCAAAAUCUUCAGGGCCUUCCAGAAUGGAAAAAUGAAUGUGAAUGAAUUGACAGAGAUGCUGUGCAUUAUGGGAAUCUCUUUAAAUGAGGCAGACAUGACUCAGGCCCUGGAGUCUGUCGUCAUUUGUGAAAACGGCUUGUUGGAAUUUUCAAAUUUCCUGGAGGUUUUGAAUAAUGAUCCCAAGUUCUUGCAAGACCAAGCAUUCCGGGAUGUCUUCCACACCUUCCAGAAGAUAAAAGGGGGUCGGAUCAAAGCUGCCAGCCUCCCACCGGUCCUGACUACCCUGGGAAUCUUUGAAGGCUUUGAAAAGUACCGGGAGGCUCUGAGUCGGGUGCCUAUGGCUGACGAUGGAACACUGGAUGUGGCAGAUUUUAUGCUGUCCGUGAGAGGUCCACUCUACCCGAAUGAGGGUCUUGCAGAACUGCGACCCCACGGCAACACCGAGAAGCUUCUCUGCAAUGAGACCAAGGGAGUCAUCAAGACAGCCAAGAAGGGCCAGCGAGAGGGCCGGGGAUCCCAAUCCUUGCAGAAGAUGAGCAGCUUGUCCUCCAAGCAGGCCGAUGCCCCCGGCUUCUGGCAACAUGGCAAGAAGAGCUACCCUCUCUCCAGGGAAGCUUCUGGCCUGGAGAGCAGGAGGGUGAGUGUGAGGUGUAGCACCACCCUGAAGAAACACACGGACAGAAAGGACAGCAGUGACUUGGAAUCCUGCCGCCCAAGCCGCAGGAGCAUUUCAAGCAACAAGAAACAUCUGGAUGAAGUUGACAUCUGUGACCUGGAGUCUUGGCAGCAGAGCCUGAGAACCGAUUUAAGCCUCAGGAGUGACCAGUUUACAGCUGAUACCAGGGAUCAGGAGUCUCAUCGGCAAAGCAUCCCGGUUCCCGAGAACAACAAGGAUUUUCCGGUCAAAUCAAAUCUUUACUGGCUUGAAGCCUUGAAAGAUUACCUGGGCAUUAUCAGCACAAACAAAGAGAACUUCGUCAGUGUCCACCAACUCCAGUCCACCCUAGCUGUGCUGGGCAUUGAUAUAACUGAGGAAGAGCUCCAGGAGGCGCUGAAGAGGACUACCCGAGAUGGACAUAACAUGGUGAAUUUUAUUGACUUUAUAAUCGCCCUGGCCAAUAUCAGGCGCCUUGCUCAAUUUUCAGUGGUGAAAGACACCAUCAGCGCUCUUGAUAAGAUUGAAGGUGAAGACGUUGCUGUUGGGAACCUGUUGGUUUGCCUGAAGAACCUGGGACUCUAUCUGUCCCCGACAGAGUUUGAGGAAACCCUGAAGAUGGUUUCUGUGGAUGAAAAUGGAAAAGUGAAUUUUAAGAAAUUUAUUGAGAUUCUGAUGAAGAACUCCCAGCGCUUCUCUGAGAUGUUAGCGAUCCCGGGCAUCGUUAAAAACAUCAGUAGCAUGAGAGAGGACAAGAUAGAUGCCCAGGACCUGUGGAACAUCCUCAUCAAAUUCAAUAGCAACUUGAAUGAAGAGGACUUCCAAGCAACCCUGAUAGUUGACGGAGAUGGAAAGGUGGAUUUUGAAGAAUUCCUGGCCAACAUGGAACAGUUGUCUAAGUUACAAGAACCCAGUGUCCAGGGCAUCCUCAUGGCCCUUGGUCUCAUCAAAGAGGACAUGGUGAGCCUCCAGGAUGUGGACUUCUGCCUGCGCUGCUUUGGGCUCCAUUUAACCCAACCCAAACUAGAGGAGCUGCUUCAUUCCCUUUGCAUAUUGGAAAACCGCACAGUGAAUAUCAAAGAACUUUUGGCUAAGUUAAGAGGCACCAGGGAUUUCUCCAAUUUCACUGCAUUGUGUGAGAUUCCCAACACAGCCGGAAGUGUCCCGGAAAGCCUGACUGAGACCAGGGAAAGUGAAUCUUCUGGUCCUUUUGAUGCAUUGCAGGAGGGUGUCAAAAUCAUCAAACGUGUCAAAGACGGAAAGAUUAACAUUGAAGACUUGAAGGUGGCCUUGACCAAAAUGAACAUCAAUUUAACCAAAGAGGAGUUUGAAGAAGCUCUUGUGUCCUGUGCGCUGGACGACAAUGGGAAUGUAGAUUGGAAAGAUUUCACCCAGAAAGUGACCAGCCUCAAACGAUUCUCACAAUCUGUAGCUCUGCAGCUGGCCUUCACCGGUCUUGGCCACCUGCAGCAUGGCCACAUAGACAUUGCUCAGCUGAAGGCUUCCCUCUUGGGCCUGGGUCUCCAUGAAGCCACUGCAAGCCUGAGGGAGCUCCUGCAGGAUGCCAUGGUCGACGAAGAUGAUGGGAAGCUGGAUUUGCUGCAGUUCAUGACUGUCUUAUCCAAAGUCUCGGUGAUUCCUGAAGCUACUGAGAUGAGGGCUGUCAGUAGCACUUUCACCAUUGCCUCUGGUGAUCAAAAUCUUGUCGUCGAUGAGUUAGAAGAAGCUCUAGGAACCUUGGGGAUCCAUUUAACUAAUGAAGAAGUGAAGGAGAUGGUGAACACAGCUCCUGUUAAUGAAGAUGGAACAUUGAAUUUUAAAGGAUUUGUCAAGCAUUUGUCCAACACCCAGAAAUUUCGUGACUGUCAACAAAUACAGAAUGCCUGGACCAUUAUCAACAAAGUCAGAGAUGGCAAAGUCAAGACCGAGGAGCUGCCACCCGUCCUGUUGAGCAUGGGGAUCCAGUUGAAUGAUGAAGAACUCAAAGACUGCCUGACGUCAGUGACUGCAGGUGGAGGCACAAAGGUGGAGUUAAGAGAUGUAGUGGAUAUUUUGACUGGGCCUGACACCCCGCUGGCUUCUAAAUUCCUGGAUUUGCAGGAAGCCGCUCUAGCUGUCAACAAGAUCAGAGAAGACAAGAUGCCUGUUAGUGCUGUGAAAGCCAACUUAGACAGUCUGGAGGUUUCCCUCCCUGACAAAACCAUCCAGGAGGCUCUCAGGACCGCAAAUGUUUAUGAAAAUGGGGACGUGAGUUUCCAGGAAUUUUUGGAGGGUUUGAGCUGCAGCCAUCCAAUCACUGAACUCGAAGUAUUACAGAAUUCUCUAGAUUCGAUCAGCCUGAUCAAAGAUGUCAAGAUUCCUGUGGCUGAGUUGGAAGCCUCUGUAGAGAAUCUAAAGCUCUCUUUGAAGAAUGAAGACCUCCGAGAGGCAAGCAAAAUGGUUGCUGUUGAUGAGGAAGGACAUGUCUAUUUAAAGGAAGUUUUUCUGGCUUUGAACAGCAUCCAGAGGCUUUCAGACCCUGGAGUGCUGCUUGAAGCCAUCAAAGCCUAUAACAAAAUUCCAGGGGCCCAGCUUAAUGUCGACGAGCUAAAAUCGGUUCUGGAGUGCCUGGGGGUUUGUUUAAAGGAGGAGGAUUUCCUGGAGGCCCUGAGGAUGGUUCCUGAUGAUAAAGCUGGGAAGUACAAUUUGAAAGAAUUUAUGUCAGCGUUGUUGAACACUAAAAUAUUUGAAAAUUGUUCAGGUCUGGAAGAUGCCUUGUACACCUUCGCCUAUCAGAAAACUGACUCCUCCAGCAAGGAGAGCACAAAAUGCAUAUCGCCCUUGGAAACCCAGUUAAUCAAAGCCAAGGAUUCAGAGGUCCUAGUGAAUGUACCUCUGGAAGGAGGUGAGGUCGACGUGGGUCACCUGGACACUACUCUGGAUGGAACAGGAAUCCUGCAAUCCAUAGAGGAGGAGCUUAAAGUGGUGCCAAAGCAGGUUUCAGAAAAUGAAGAUGAAAAGUUGAGUGAAAAGGAAUCCAUGGAGUGCGAGAUUGGUGGGAGAGGGGCUUCCCCAGCUGAGAGGGAGGAGAUGGAAGAGCUGAAAACACUGAUGCGUACUGGGGGAGAGAUGGGCAAAGAAUCUGUUCCUGGAGGAGAUGAAAAGUCGAGUUAUAAAGAAUUCUUGGAGAGCAAGUUCAGUAAGAAAUCUGUGAUCAUAACUGACAGAGUGGAGGUGAUAGAGCCGAAAGCAACGAUUGAUUCUUUGGAAGAUAUCGGCAGGGAAUUGAUUUCUGGAGAAAUUGAACCAAUGAGUGAAGAGGAAUUCAUGGAGAGUGAGGUCUGUGAAAGAAAGGUGUCCCCAACCGAGAAAAUUGAACCAAUGAGUGAAGAGGAAUUCAUGGAGAGUGAGGUCUGUGAAAGAAAGAUGUCCCCAACUGAGAAAGAUGAAAAACAGAGUGAAAACGAAUCCAUGGAGGGUGAGAACAGUGAAAAAAUGGGAUCCCCAGCUGAGAGUGAUAAGGUUGACAUUCUCCACCUGGGCACCGCUCUGAGCAACGUGGGGAUGACAUUCACAGACCAGGAGCUCCAGGAGGUGGUGACACAUCUUCUACCCGAUGCGGAGGGGAUGGUGAGCCUGAAUGAGGCGAUAAAUGUUUUGAAACAUAUCCAUAAGAUGUCUACAUCUACAAGACACGGGUCAGUGGAUCUAAAGAAACUGACAGGCGCAGUGAGAGCUCUCCGCAAGAAGUCUGUCGCUGAAGGUGAGAUGGGUGAGGUGAAGGACCUGAACACCGUCCUGGGCAAUUUACAUAUCGUGCUAACUAAUAAGACCGUCCAGAGGGAGCAGCUGAGCACCCCGGCUGAUGAUCAAGAGCUGGAGGACACGGACCAAGGGGUAGAGUUUGCGAAAGAUGAACAAGAGAUGUCUGAUACUGAAGAAAAAGAACAUAAAAUGGAGCAGCUGAAAGCCAUUUUCAGAGACACGGGCCUCUAUUUACCCCCAGAAGCUUUUCAGGAGGCCUCUGAAAUAGCCAAAUAUGAUGAAAAUGGAAAUCUGAAUUUCAUAGAUUUAAUAUGUAAACUCAUCAAGUCUCAGGCAGUCACCGUUGAAGGCAAAAUGGUAAAGCAGCAAAAUCUGUCAAGCAUUCUGAAAAACAUAGGGGUGAAUCUGUCCAGCGAGCAGUUAGAGGAAGUGCUGCAACAUGCCCCAGUGGACGAAUUCGGUGAGGUGAAUAUAAGGAAAUUUAUGGAUAUCUUGUAUUCCAUUUCUGAACCUCAAAGCAGCCAAUCUGGGGAAACACUAGUCUCAAAUGACUGGCUUUACAAACCUGUGGCCAAGCCUAAGCUACCACCCCUAGUCAAACUCCCAUCAAUUUGCAGAAUAAGGGGCUAUGAAUUCACUCGUGUUCUUCAGGGCAAGUCCAGAUGCAAAGGAAUGAAGACCUUGACCAGGUCGCAACUUGAAGCCUUCCAGAAUGCCUACGACUUCUUUGACAAGGACUCCGAGGGCACUAUCGGCGUCCAGGGGCUGGAGACUUCUGUGAAGAGGUUGGGAAUCUCUCUGACCAAUCAAGAAGUUACUGAUGAACUGAAAUGUGCCGAUGUCGACCGAGAUGGGAAGGUGAACUUUUCGGAUUUUUUGACCGUCUUAACGGAUAAGAAGCGCUUCAUCCAAGCUAUAGCCCCAGAUAAGGACAACAGCCCUGGCACCAGUUACAUCAACCGUACAGGGAUCCUGCUGUUUGAAGUCUUGUCAAAGCUGGUGGAGUUGUCAGCCCUGCCCAGAAAGUCGCUGGUAGAAAUUGUUUGUUACUACCGGGACAAGUACCGGCGGGUCACAAGCAAGUUGGCAGAGAAAAGUGGCCAAGGCCAUCUGAGAAAGAAGAAGACAAGCAAGGCCCCCAAGCCUCCCAGGGAGGGGCCCCAGAGGUGCCAUCACUCUACCUACUUCAGUAUGUCCCGCAUUACAAGAAUGACAUCCCAGGAGCUGUCCAAGUUCCUGGACAACCUCAAGAACCAAAGCCUCCCUUCGAAAAGUCCAUAUGCUAAAAUACCCAUCUUCCCUCUAACUCCCAACAACGAUAAAAUGAUUCCGGGAAAGCCAAUCAAAGACCUGCGCAAGUUGGAACUGCAGAGGAAGAAGGAACCUCUGACAUGCUUUGAGGACUAUUUUUUCCGCAAAAGAAACUGGAUGGCAAAGCUCUCAGCUUUAAAACGAAGUGAAUCUUCCUCAGCUGAUAACCAUCCAGAGAUGGGGAGGAAAAUUCGGCGCUUGAUGAUAGAAAAUUCAGAUAUGGCCAGAGAACAGAUGAAGAAAGCCCAAGAAAUAUUCCAUAUGGGAGUAGCCUUCGAACAUCGGAAAGAAAUGCUGAAACUCUGGCACCAACUGCACGGGGACCAGAUUGGGCUGGAAACAGGGAACGAGGCCUUCUACCACACCUUCUCCAAGUACACCUGGUCUUGGAACAUCUCCCAGGAGCUCCUCUCCUACAAGGAUUUAAAGCUGUUCGAUGCCCAGAUGAAAGAGUUUCCCUCUUCUACCCUUCUGUCCUUGGCCAACACUGUGGAGCACGAGAUGGGCAGAGGGUCAGGAGUAAAAUCAAAAGGGACUGUGAGACCAAAGAGCAGAGAUGCCAAAGAUGCUACACGUUCUUAAUGGCAUUGUUGACUACUUUGGGGCCAGGAGGGUGUUUAAAACUGUGGUUCCUUGCUUUGGGUAUAAUCCAUUAGGGGCUGGAAUACGUGCCACUUCCUUGGGGGUACUGUCCAUUAAAAA